GACAGCAUCUCAUCACUGCCAUCGCAGAACAGAUGUUUGGGUUCAAGACGACCUCAUGGGAGCUGGGCCGUCAGCGAAGUGUCAUUGAGCUGGACACCCCCUCCAUGACAGCAGAGCAAGUAGAGGCCCUGGAGAGGAGCGUGAAUGAGAAAAUCCGGGAGAGGGUCCCCGUGAUGGUGAGGGAACUGGCCGCAGAUGACCCUGAAAUUGAAACAGUGAGAAGCCGCGGUUUGCCAGAUGACCACGCGGGGCCAGUGCGAGUGGUUGACAUCGAAGGCAUAGACUCCAACAUGUGCUGUGGGACUCACGUCUCCAACCUGAGUGACUUGCAGGUUAUUAAACUCCUUGGCACGGAAAAAGGGAAAAAGAACAAAAUCAACUUGGUUUUCCUGGCAGGAAACAGAGUGCUGAAGUCAGUCGAACAAAGUCACAGUACUGAGAAGGCUCUAACCUCACUGCUCAAAAAUGGACCAGGUGAGCACGUAGAGGCUGUGAAGAGACUGCAGAGUUCUGUGAAACUCCUCCAGAAGAAUAACUUGAACCUUCUUAGAGACAUUGCUGUUUUGAUAGCCCGGGAUUUCAAGAGCAAACCUGUUCAAAGCCAGCUGUUUGUGUUACACAGGAAAGAGGGUGACUCUGAAUUUAUGAAUAUCAUCGCUAAUGAGAUUGGGACAGAGGAAACCCUGCUGUUCCUGACUGUGGGAGAUGAAAAAGAAGCAGGACUCUUUCUUCUAGCUGGACCUGUUGAAGCAGUUGAGAAUUUAGGUCCCAGGGUGGCAGAGCUGCUGGGAGGCAAAGGAGCUGGGAAGCGAGGCCGCUUCCAGGGCAAGGCAACCAAGAUGAGUCGGCGAGGAGAAGUGCAAGCCCUGCUCCAGGAAUUCAUCACCCACGGAAGCCCCGAAGCCUAAGAAAGAAUUCUCAAAGUGGGGCUGUCUUCCCUGCUUUGCAUAAGCUCCACCAACUUCUCUCCCAGAGAAUAAAGACAUAAAA